CGUUGUCAGUCAGGACUCAGGAGGCACGCGUGCGGUCAAGAUGUUGCGUUCGUGCGUGCUCGUCUUGCUGUUCGGUUUGCUGCUGGGGGUUUCAGGCCUAGGGGACCGCGACCUGGGAGAAGGCGGUUUGGGCGGUUUUCUAGAUGAAUUGUCACCCGAUGAGUUGAGCGAUAUUACGGAACGUGUCAUGGCCGCAUCUGCCGGCAUGGGAGGUGACAGGGGAGGCAUGGGAGGCGACAGGGACGGCGACAGGGGUGAUGGCAUGGGAGGUGACAUGCGAGGCGACAGGGACGGCGACGGUUGGGGUGACAUGAUGGGCGAUAUGAUGGGCGAAAUGGGAGACUACCUCGACAUGUGGAGGAGUGCCCUCGGCAUGAUGGCAGGGGCGGCGGGAAGCGGCCGGGGUGAUCGUGGCGGCAACGCGCCGGCUUGGAGAACCCAGUGUCCCCUAGGAGGUAUCUACGCGCCCUACGCCUGCGAGUCGGACCCGUGUGAAGGUGCGGUGUGCGCAGGCCAGCCGGCUGAUGAGGUCCAUUGUGUGCCCGACUACUGCGGCGCGAGGUGCGCGCCGGUCUUCUACAACAAAACUGGACGGGGCGAGCGGGUCAAGUGUGAUGGAGAAGAACAGGGCGAGUGCCCGGCGGUGCCGUACGGAUAUAUGGGCCACUGCGCUCACAACUGCAGUUCCGACGACGACUGCAAGGCGGGGCAAAAGUGCUGUUCCAACGGCUGUGGGAUGCAGUGCAUGCGGGCAAAGUUCGAGGCGGACGAAGACGUGAAAACGUGUAAGCUGGUGCUGGGCGAGCAGGACGAGGAGGGGAACCAGGAGCUGUGGCUGUUCCGGCCGGACCAGCGGGGCGGCAUGCUGUACAGCACGGACGCUCGGUGCUGGUCCAACGGCUGUGGGACGAAGUGCAUGCGGGCAAAGUUCGAGACGGACGAAGGGUAA